AUGGGACUGUUUCAAGAAGUUUGCGACGCCGCCCAAAAGAAUGGAUUCGUGCUCCCGUCGGCCGGUCAGGUCGUCCGCUCCGCCCAGUGUGCCAGUGGUGCUCCGAGUGCCCAGGCCCCCGUCGAGUUCGGAUCCGCCAGAUUCUACACUCUGUGCGCGCUCGGAGGAUCUCUUUCGUGCGGACUGACCCACUUUGCGAUCACUCCUCUGGACAUUGUCAAGUGCAGAAUCCAGGUGAGCCAGGAGUUCGAUCGAAUCAGCCGACACCACUUGCGUUUUUUGCAGGUGAACAAGGAGAAGUACGGAAACAUGGUGCAAGGAUUCAAAGUGACUGUGGCUGAGGACGGAAUCCGUGGAUUGGCUCGUGGAUGGGCGCCCACCUUCAUCGGAUAUUCGGCUCAGGGACUCGGAAAGUUCGGCUUCUACGAGGUCUUCAAGAACGUCUACAGUUCGGCGCUCGGCGAGGAGAACGCCUACGUCUGGAGAACUGCUGUUUACCUGGCCGCCUCCGCCUCGGCCGAAUUCUUCGCCGACAUCUUCCUCUCUCCGAUGGAGGCCAUCAAAGUGCGCAUGCAGACGUCGCCAACCGCCCCGCCCACUCUCCGCGGAUGCGCUCCGAUGAUCUACCGUACCGAGGGACUCACCGGAUUCUUCAAGGGACUGCCACCUCUCUGGGCCCGUCAGAUCCCGUACACAAUGAUGAAGUUCGCCUGCUUCGAGAAGACUGUCGAGGCGCUCUACCAGUACGUGAUUCCGAAGCCGCGUGCCCAGUGCUCCAAGACCGAACAGCUUGGUGUCACUUUCAUCGCCGGAUACAUUGCUGGAGUGUUCUGCGCCGUCGUCUCUCACCCGCCCGAUGUCCUCGUCUCCAAACUCAACCAAGAUUCGAACGCGAGUGUGGGAAGUCUGGUCAAAAAGCUCGGAGUGAAGGGACUCUCUGCCGGGCUCGGUCCGAGAAUCAUCAUGGUCGGAACUCUGACCGCCCUCCAAUGGUUCAUCUAUGACUCGUUCAAGGUAAGGAUAAUGAUGAGCAGUCACGUGCGAACGUUUCAAGUUUCAGGUCGCCAUGAACCUUCCUCGUCCGCCGCCACCUCAGAUGCCCGAGUCGCUCAAGAAGAAGCUCGGACUUUCUGGAUCUUCGGAAGCCGAGCCUGCUCCCUCGGCGUCCUCGUCUUCUGCUGCUCCAGUGGCUGCAGCUGCUGCCGCCGGAGCUGCCGCUGCCGCCGCUGCCAAGGCAAUCAAGUCUGCCAAAGAGAAGAAGCCGGAGAAGGCACCGAAAGCCGAGAAGAAGCCGGAGAAAAAGGCAGAGAAGAAGGGAAAGGACUCGCACUAA